GUACGAUUUUCUCAACAUAAUAUAUUUGUUUUUUCUCACGUUUUGUAAUUUUUUUUUUCGGCUGGUUAUCUAUAAUAGUUGAGACUUAGUAGUACUAUUAGUUAUUUGUGGAUAAAUGGAGGUUUUCUUAUCUCCGAAGACAAUAUCGAGGAUUUAAAAUGUGGUGCUUAGUUACUAACCGACUAAAACGGCACAGAUAAUUAUUAUCGUUACCCUUUUGUGUUUUGAGGACAUGAUGCAAGUUUUUUAAAUUAGUGUAAAUACAUUUGACAACAAAAUCUAUCUGUAGUUAUAUUACUCUUCUACAACCAGUAACCAAACUUAAAUAUGGCCGAAGCCGUAGUAGACGGAACUUCAAUAUCUCGAUUUUUUUGCCACAAAUGCAGUAUCGAAAUCGAGUGUUUAUUACCUGAUUAUACAUGUCCGAAUUGUGCCAGUGGUUUCAUUGAAAAGCUAGAAAAUGCAGAAGAUCGUGACGUAAAUAUGGAGAUGAAUUCCGAGGACUUCAAUGAUAUUGAUUUUGAUCAAAUAUACAUGGAUUUACCAGAGAUGAUUCCUCCAUCACAACUUCAUGAUUCUACCGGUGACGGAAAUACUCGAAGAGAUCGAAGACGACGAGAUGUUCUCUUCAAUAGGCAUGGUCAUUCUCGUCAUAGACGAAGGACAAUGACUCACGAAAACCUACUUCAAGAAUUUCUUUUGAACUUGACCGGAGUUAACAUUCAACGACCCAUAGGUGCAGGAAGACAGGCGCCAGUAUUUUUUUUGGGAAACCCUGGUGAUUACGUUUGGGGAAGAGAUGGAUUGGAUACUAUUGUCACUGAGUUAUUAAAUCAGUUAGAUGGAAGUGGCCCUCCACCGUUGUCACGUAGCCAAAUUGACGAAAUUCCCACUACAUCAAUAAUUCAAUCACAUAUUGACUGUAAACUACAAUGUUCAAUUUGUUGGGAAGACUUUAUUUUAUCGGAGUUUGUCCGACAACUACCAUGCAAGCAUUUAUAUCAUGCACCUUGUAUUGUUCCAUGGCUGGAAUUGCAUGGUACAUGUCCAAUUUGUCGGCAAAAUUUGGGAGAUGAAAGUACAAUCGAUGAAAAUCAAGAUGAAGUCGGACCAAGUUUAGCAGCACUUUUUCGAGCUGCAAAUCAACUUAGUAACCGAAGUUCUACCUCUUCAACAGCACCAAGUAAUAAUUCAACGAAUGGUUCUAUGAAUGAAAUGUAAAAUUUCUAAAUAGUAUAAAUAGUGAAAAUUUAUCUAAUUUGUAUUAAUAUGCUUAAUAAUUCGAUAUACAUACAUAUAGACAUGAAUAUAUGAAUAUAUGUAUAUAUAUAUAUAUAUAUAUAUAUAUUUAUGUAUAUAUAUGCAUAUAUAUACACAUAAAUAUAUGCCUGUCUACAUAUAUAUGUUAAUAUUUAAUUUCCAUAUCAACCUCAUACGUAAUAUUUGUAUUAUGAACCUAAUACCCAAUGAUUAAUGAGGUAACUCACUAAUGUAAUAUGCCCAUACUAAAUAAAUUAUCUGGAUUUAAACCAUUUAA